AAACACUAUCGAAACGUUCAUGUACACUCUUUCGAGUAAUAUUGAAUUUAGUUUCUUAGAUAAUAACAAAUCUAUUCCUUCAAUAGUACAACUUUGCAAUGUAGAAAAUUUAAUUUAUAUUCAACCUUUUUUGUCUUUCAUUACAAUGGCAGGGUGAAUUUGUUUGUAUAUAGUAAACCAAUUGAAAAAUUGCAGACAGUACGUUUAAAAAGGCACUCAGCAGAAAUUAAAAACAACAUUCUCUACAUAACUAGCCAAUCGCCUACGUAUGAUUUGAAUAUAACCAAUCCAAAAAUUUUUCCUUUCAUCUUAUCAUUAAUGAGUAAUGACCUUCCUCGUAACCUUUACGACAAUGAAUUGAAAAAAUAAAGUCCUUUAUGGUCAUUCCGAUAAUUGGAUAUUUUAUAUCAGAAUCAGUUUUUCUUGUAGUUUUGUGUACUUAUACGAAAAAAGUUUAAAUUUUAGUUUUAGCCAUGUCAUCUGAAACAGAAAAGAAGGUUAUGCCAAAAUAUAUAAAAUUUCUUUUUGGAGGGACAGCAGGAAUGGCAGCUACUUGCUUUGUGCAACCCUUAGACUUGGUGAAAAGUAGAAUGCAAAUGAGUGGACUGAAAGGGGGCCAAAAAGAGUAUCCUACGUCCUUCCAUGCAUUGAAGAGUAUUAUCAAAAAAGAAGGAAUUUUAGCUUUAUAUACUGGCCUUUCAGCUGGCCUCUUUCGACAAGCUACUUAUACUACCACAAGAUUAGGUAUUUAUUCAAUGACAUUUGAAUAUUUCACAAAAGGAACAGAGACUCCAGGAUUUUUCAUGAAAGCAGGACUCGGAAUGUUCGCUGGAAUAUGUGGAGCAUUUGUAGGUACUCCUGCUGAGGUAGCAUUAAUCAGGAUGACACUAGAUGGUAGGUUGCCAUUAGCAGAAAGAAGGAAUUAUAAACAUAUUGGCGAUGCACUUGUUAGAAUCACGAGAGAGGAAGGUGUGUUAACUUUAUGGAGAGGUGCAAUUCCUACAAUGGGUCGGGCUAUGGCUGUCAAUACUGCCCAGUUAGCUAGUUAUUCUCAGGCUAAAGAAGUACUUAUUGAAUCUGGUUACUUUACCCAAGGUAUACUUCUACAUUUCUGUGCUUCCAUGUUUUCGGGACUCGUAACUACUGCUGCUUCAAUGCCAUUGGAUAUGGCGAAAACACGGAUCCAAAACAUGAAAACAAUUGAUGGCAAACCAGAGUACAAAGGCACUGUUGAUGUCUUGGGAAAGGUUAUGAAGCAAGAGGGCAUUUUUGCUCUUUGGAAAGGAUUCACCCCAUACUAUGCUAGAUUGGGCCCCCACACUGUUCUUACCUUCAUUUUCUUGGAGCAGUUGAAUUCAUUUUACUAUCGGUAUGUUUUGGGGCAGGAUGCUCCUGUAUCUAUGUAAUUUUGGUUUUCAUUAGAUUGUUUAUUAGAAUUUCGAAAUGAACAAAGCCAACUCAUGAUCUAUUAUUAUUAUUAUUGGUAAUUGGGUUCAUAUGAGAAAAAUAUAUGAAUUCUAGAUAUAGAAGCCAACAUUUUUUUUUAUAAUUUUUUAUGAAUUUGCAGAUUAUCAAAAAAUAUAUCAUGAAUAUUUCUGAGAAAUCAAAUAGAAUGUUCAAUUUUAACUCCAAAUAAAUAUUUUUUCAAUUUAUAUAAAGAUAAAGGUUAUUAUAAAAGUAAACACAAAAUAAUAUGUAAAAAUGAUGAUAAAUAAUUAUUUUAUAUGGAGAAAAGUAACUAGAUUACAUUCUAAUAACAAGGAAUCCAUUUUGUACCUUGUUUCUAUGAAAUAAUAAUUUUUCAAUAUGAUUUGUUGAAUGUUCUUUGGUAAUUGCACUUUUAUAUUGUUACUUUCCUUUACCUGAUUUUUAAAAGUAUUUCACUGACCAUAUGGAUUGUUAAGGAUUUUUAUUUCGAUAGGAGAAAUCGACAAAGAUGGAUUGAAUGUUUUAUUAUAACAUUGUUGAUUUAUAAAAAUGAUCGUUUUUAGGAAGUAUAUGCAACCGUGAACACAAAAAAGAUGAGAUAAAAUACAAAAUGAGUAGAAGAUAUGCUCGAGUUGAAUAUUUAUAAAAUUCUUACUAUAUAUUAUAUAAUAUUAUUUUUUUGAUGAUCUGUAUUUUAUAUAUUUAUUAUUUUGUUGAUGUUAUUAAUAAACGGUUACUAAGUAA